AGUAUUUGGAUCUAGCUGUCAGCUGCCAUGGCCUCAGCUGUAGGCAAAAUGGGUUCAAGAGUGAUUCAUUCAUCGGUGACCUGUUUAGAGAUGCCCUGCCAUGCCUUGCCACAAAGAUGUGGAGUUGGCUAUUGAUUCUGGGAUCCAGCAGACGCCCUCAGACAGAGACAGACGUAUUUAUUUCCAGAUGUCUUUUAGGGCUCGGAGCAUGGCUGUGCUGUUAGGAAGUGAUUUUGGUUGGAGGGAGAAGACUGAAGGCCACUCCCAGGGCACUUGAAUUUAAAGUCCUCCACUGGUGACAGGAUGUCCCAAAGCUUCUAUUUCGGGCAAGCUCAGGACAAGAGACACACAGGGGAGCCAGCAAAGCAACACUACUUCUCCAAGCACGACAACCGCACUUCCUACGACAAAGGCCCCUACUGCCUGCUGCAGGGGAUCGGAAGACGCAAAGACCUGGAGCGCCUGUGGAAGAGGCACACCUUCCUGCGCUGGGCGCCCUGCGAGCUGGAACUGAGCCAGCAGCCACCUCUGGAAUCUUCCUACCAGACUGAUUUCCGGUCAGGCACAGGACUCAGUAGGCUCCCCCAGCGCCUUGUCCACUUUGUGCAGGUCCAGCCCCCCUAUGCGAGCACCACUUACCAGCACAAUUUCUGCAGGCCGGCCUGGGAUGGCCGCUGCGAUAGCGCCAAGGUAAAGCCCCAAGAGCCAGUCACGGAACCCCUGCCUGACCUCCCAGGGAUCCCCAGGCCCAAAUUGCUGCAGCAUUACCUUCACGCUGGGGUCUCUGAGUGUUUAAACUGGUCCCAAGCAUUAAAAGCCUGACAGAGCA